AUGUGGAAUGUUGAUACAGUACACUGUGUAGCCGCACACAAACACAUCAAUAUGGAGCCGGCUAGAAAACUGAUCGUGGAUCUUUUCGAAAUAAAUGCUCUAAAAUUUGGCAAGUUCACUCUGAAGAGCGGGAUAGAAUCUCCAGUUUACUUUGAUCUCAGAGUAAUCGUGAGUUAUCCUGAAAUAAUGCAAAAAGUUUCAGAACUCCUGUGGCAUUCAGUUGGAGCUGAUAUAGAAUUCAAUCAUUUAUGUGGCGUGCCAUACACUGCAUUGCCUCUAGCUACCUGCAUGGCUGUGAAAUACAACAAACCAAUGCUGAUUCGUAGAAAAGAAGCCAAAGACUAUGGAACUAAAAAGAUGAUUGAAGGAAUUUUUGGAAAAGGAGAUAAGUGCUUGAUUGUGGAGGAUGUUGUCACAAGUGGGACCAGUGUCAUGGAAACGGCAGAAAGUUUAAAUCAAGUGGGCCUGAAUGUGACUGAUGCAGUGGUGCUGCUCAAUAGAGAGCAGGGUGGCAAAAACAUGUUAGCUUCAAAUGGAAUUCGGUUACACAGUGUACUUACGUUGUCUCAGGUUAGUAGAAUCUUAGAGGAAGAAGGAAAACUGAGCACGGAAGUUGUAGAAGAAGUUAAAGAAUUCAUUCUUAAAAAUCAGUUUCAAAAUGGAGACACUGCUGUCAAGAGAAAACCAGAUAAUAAUGAAGAGAGUGAGAAAAAGAAGAUGAAACAUUAGAACGUACUGUACCAA